AUGCUUGCGCACAUGCAGUCCAUCGUUGCCGCCAGUUGGGAUGCACAGGAAACACUACAAGUAGAGAGUGCCUGGAACAUAAUGGUUCACUCGCAAGUCCUUACGGCUUCUCUUUUUGGCUCCUUUCCGAGGCCUGACCUGCUCUGCGCUGUUCCAUGCACGCAUGCCAGAAUCAUGAAGUGGUACUUCCCGAGCGUCAAUUCCAGCAGAAUGGUAAACUUUGCCCUUGCUGUUAACCCUCGUCUAGACCCUGAUCCGAGAGUGAUGCCGGCCAUCGACGCCCUGUGGUCUCGGCUGGUCUUCGGCGUGGUGAACCAUACAAACUACGACGCCCUCCGCGAGCGCCCGGUCGCCGUUAGCAUCGAGACCAAGCGACGCGGAGAGCAGCAGUCCAAGGCCGAGGUGCAGAUGGGCGUGUGGCACGCGGCGCAUUGGGCGUUCCUCGCCUCCCACGUCAAGGACCGGCUGGCGACCUUGUUCUUCCUUCCCGGCCUUCUCAUUGUUGGCGACGAGUGGAAGCUCGUGGCCUCGUCCUACGUGAACGGGCAGACUAUCUUGUUUCUCGACCGGUCGAUAGGCUCCACCAAUAGCGAGCUCGGCACAUUGCAGAUCAUGGCGGUCCUGCGACGCCUUCGGAGAUGGGUCGAGGAGACAUAUUGGCCUUGGUACAAAAGGGAGAUGCUGGGCCUUGACUGAGGGUGGUGAAGUGGUUUACGGUGUUCAAGGUGCCGCCAGUGUUGGAUCUGUGAGCUUGCCGAGACGCAUGAUUCGUGCUCGUCUUCAUCGCAGGCCAAGAUCCAGGGCGGUACAGAGAUGCUAUUGCUAAAAAGCCCAAGUUGCAGAUUUCCUCGUCGGGAACUUGUCACCACCGCCUUGGUUGCUGCGCAAACCCAACAACAGAUGUUUCUCAGACAGGGGGAGGAAGGAGGAUUUCCUUCCCACGCACGCCCUUCGCGGACAACGGCUUUCGCUUGCCCAAUCACACCAGCCAAAUUCCAUAAACGGGCGACGACGAAUAAGUACCGUAAGAAAGCUGCGGCAGAACGUCUGUCCGUAGUGUUGACUGCGGUUUGGGGGGGGC